AAGUUAAGUCUUCGCUUCUCCCAUUUUUGGUGAACUUCUCACCUUCUUCGUCUCUUUCUCUCCAUCUUUUCGGUCUUCCUCCCAUUUCUGGAGAGAAGACUACCAUUUCCUCCAUUUCUGGAGCUUCAUUAACCUUGAUUAACCUCCUCCAUAUCCACUCUCUCUCUCUCUCCUCUUCUUCCUCCCCCUUUCAAUUCCUCUAAACCUUAAUCGAUCAAUUCAUAAAUUUUUCAGCAAUGUCUCAGUAAGAUCUCCACCCCCGUUUCACUUCCAUCUUUCUCACACCAGUCUGUUUCGUAUCCUUUUCGAUCUUUACAUAUUUUUACUCAUGGCUAUACGAUACACCGUCACUUUUUCUGCUACCAUGGCGCACAAUCUUGCUUCUAACGCCGGAAAUCGCCUUACGCAUUGCCGGUGUAUUCACGAAUUUAUUUCCAAACCUCGUAAUUCCCUUUCAAACCCUACUCUUGAAAACCCUAAAAAUUACAAUCAUCCUUAUUAUCGCAAUAAUCAAGAUGUUCGUGGAUCCAAACCUUUAAGUACUUUUGCUGCGGAGUUCAUUUUAGGGGGUAGUAGUAACCCAGUUGCUAGUGGGUUGAUCUCACUUGUGAAUUCCGUGGUUUUUGGAGGUUCAUUUCCUGCUGGUACGAUGGGGGUAAUGGGGGUUGUUCCAUUUCGGGCUGCUUCCAUUAUCCCCUUCUUGCAGGGAUCUAAAUGGCUGCCGUGUAAUGAACCAGUGUUAAUUCGAUCCUCCAGUAGUGAAGUUGAUAGAGGAGGAACGUUGAAUAAGAAGAUAGUCAACAAGGGUGAGCCUCAGUUUUCUGCUGCUAAGGUAACUGAAAGGAGUUGGUUAUCGAAAUUGUUCAAUAUUUCUUCUGAUGAUGCUAAGGCAGUUUUCACAGCUGUGACUGUUAAUUUGCUGUAUAAAUCUUCGUUAGCCGAGCCUAGGUCUAUCCCUUCCCUGUCUAUGUACCCCACGCUUGAUAUGGGUGAUCGCAUAUUGGCUGAGAAGGUUUCUUACUUCUUCAGGGAGCCUGAAGUUUCAGAUAUUGUUAUAUUCAAAACGCCACCUAUUCUUGAGCAAGUUGGCUUUGCCUCUGGGGAUGUGUUCAUCAAAAGAGUUGUAGCAAAGGCGGGAGACUGUGUUGAAGUCAAGGAUGGGAAGUUGCUCGUUAAUGGUAUUGCUCGUGAAGAAGAAUUUGUUUUAGAGCCAUUAGCUUAUGAAAUGGAUCCACUGAUUGUGCCAGAAGGAUAUGUCUUUGUGAUGGGAGACAACCGCAACAACAGCUUUGACUCACAUAACUGGGGUCCGCUUCCCGUAAAGAACAUUCUUGGUAGAUCUGUAUAUCGAUACUGGCCACCCUCUAAACUGUCGGACACUAUAUAUGACCCCCACAAAAGCAAUGGCAAUGUAGCUGUUUCAUGACAAUUCUCCAGUCAGACUUGUAUGUAGCUGUUUCAUGACCAUUCUCCUGUCAGACUUGUAGAUGUGGAGUAUGCCGCGGCAAUAUCCUUGGUUAGUCCAAAUCUAAGGAAGAUGUUGACUUCAUUACAUGACCUUUUCUCUUUAAUGAAUUUAUGAUUAUAUAGAAGCAAAUGUGGAUAUAUGAUUGUGUGCGAGUUGUAUGCUCCAAAUAACUCAAUUUGUGUAACGGAUUUUUGCCUUCUCGAUUGCUUUGAAUUUGUUUGUUUAUUGUUUUUGUGACGGACAUUUGCUCAUUUGUUCCAUAAUCCAUUAUUUUUGUACUUAACAAUUGUAGAUACUUAAGCCGUUUAUGCAAGAAAACUGCUAGUUAUUGGCAUUGCUA